AUGAUCCUCGGGAAGCGUCCGAAAAGUUCCUCCGCCAAUUCUCCUAGUCGCGGCUCUCCUGCUCUGGCCGAACCUACGGUUCCCCUACUAUUCCUAACUUAUAAGGAAUCGGCUCUUUUAGCCAGGAGCCCUUCUCGUGAAUCUCUCCGCCCCAAGGGAUCAUAUCAUUCCCCAGGAGAGGUUGCGGGGACUUACGCAGCAUGUGACGCUAGGGGAAGGAGGGCUCCAGGGGAGCCUGAGCAGGUUCCUGAGCAGCCUGAGCUGUCUUCUCCUCUUCCCCCGCAAGAGUCUGGUCUCGCAUUCUACGAGAGAUGGCUCGGGAUGACCCAAUCCUGGGAUUCGCUCUGA